AUGAGACAAGAGAAACUUUCGAACAGUAAUUUCCGUGUCGACGGAAUGCCCAUCAUGAUGUUCAAAAGCAUUUUCAGCCUUCUCUGCUUGUGGCUUGCAGCAGUGACGGCCAUCACUGUUACAACCUCUACCGCUUCAUAUGUAGUCGAUACUGAGAGCUCAUACCAAUUUGCAGUUACAAUCAGCCGCACAAACUGCGAUAUCACUUCUAUCAAGUUCUACGGCGCUGAGUACCAGAACCAAGGUACUUUCAGCCACAUUGCCUCGGGAUUAGGCACCGGAACUGCGAAGGUUACUUACUGGACGAGCCCAUCUGGUGACACCGUAAUCUUCCAAUGUACCCAGAACAACGCCCAAUUCAAUCUUCAACAUUAUAUGGUCUUCCGUAACGGACAAGCCAACAUCUACAUGGGUACCAACACUGUCACAAACCCGACCGUAGGUGAAUUGCGAUACAUUUUCAGAUUGAACGGAUUGGAUGUUUCUUACCCGCACGGUGAUGUUUCCAAAACCGCUGGUGGCACGGCUAUUGAAGGAAGUGAUGUGUAUCUCGUCAACGGCCAGACUCGGAGCAAGUUUUAUUCCUCGGACCGCUUCAUCGACGAGAGAAUCUACUGCGUCACCAACUCUGGACCCUCGGUCCACGCUUGCUGGCUUCGACCUAAUCACCAAGCGACUGAAAAGAGCUCUGGCGGUCCCUUUUUCCGCGACAUCAGCUCUAAUGCGGGCGGCGCAUACAACGCUUUUACGUACUAUAUGAACUCGGGACAUGCGCAAACCGAGGCCUACCGCACUGGCUUUCAUGGGCCUUACGUGUUUUCAAUGACACGAAGCGGCAGGCCUGACCCUGCGUCUGUGGAUGUGUCCUUCUUCGACAGCCUUGGAUUGUCGGGCUACGUCCCCAUCAAUGGCAACCGUGGGUAUAUCACUGGUACAGCUUCCGGCGUUUCCACAAGCUUUCCCAGAGUGGUACACUGGUUCAACAGCAACUACCAGUUCUGGGCUUAUACUAACUCAGCCGGUGUCUACAAUUCUCCCCCAAUUCCGGCAGGCACCUACACUAUGAGACUGUACCAGGACGAGUUCCUUGCGGCAUCUCAGUCUGUCUCGGUGACGGCAGGACGAACUACGACUUCGAACAUUGCGGCAACCCACGCUGCGAUAACACAGUCGCGAACCACGAUCUUCAGACUGGGCGACUACGAUGGACAGCCAACCGGGUUCCGAAAUGCGGAGAACCAACUGCGCAUGCAUCCAUCGGACAGCAGAAUGGCGAGUUGGUCUCCUGGCACAGUGGCCUCCACUGCCACUUCAACGUUCCCGAUGGCCAUCUUCAAAAACGUCAACAACGGACAGAAGAUUACAUUCUCACUCGGCAGUGCACUCACACGGGCGGCAACCCUGCGGAUUGCGACCACCUUGUCGUUCGCAGGCGGAAGACCCCAGCCGACGGUUAACGGAUUCAGCUGUCCUGCACCUGCAGCCCCUUCCAAGAUCGACAGUCGAGGUGUGACCCGAGGCGCCUAUCGUGGACAUGGUGAAAUCUAUGAAUGCACCGUUCCUGCGGGUACCUUGGUGGCUGGUACCAACACCGUCACCGUGACUGUCAUUUCCGGCAGUGAUGGCGACACAUUCCUUAGCCCCAAUGUUAUUCUCGAUGCUAUUGAGUUAUUCUACGUUUAG